AUGAUAGAAAGAGCAUUCUUGGAGGAAGCAGGACCGCGGAUGAUUUUGGAACCAUUAGGUGGAAAAAUGAAUGAAAUCUCUGAAUCUGAAACUCCAUUCCCUCAUAGAAAAGGGAAUUUGUAUAAUAUUCAGCACACGGUAGGCUGGUCUGACAACAGUGAGAGCAUAUCAAGCCAGAAGAUGGCAUGGUUGAGGAAACUGUACAAGGAAAUGGAGCCAUAUGUUGCAAAAUCUCCAAGAACUGCUUACCUGAAUUACAAGGACCUUGAUUUCGGGACUAAUCAAGAGGACUACAGCUAUUCAAAGGCCAAAAUGUGGGGUGAGAAGUAUUUCAAUGGGAACUUUGAGAG